AUUUAUUUCCAUGAGAAAGGCCAAUUCAUUUUGUUUUGUUUUGUUUAUAGAUUUGAAUGGACAUUGGGAAUUUUCGUAUAUAUAGUAGAUCCAUGAAACAAAAGACGAUAUACGUGUGAGCCAAGUUCACUUUCACUGAAGCGUCAAAACAAUAGAGUGCGGUUACUACGUUUGUAACGGGACCCUCGACACAUUACUGGUUAAAGAGUGGCUGUCCUCCUAAACUUUGGUUAGUUCAAGCGCAAAUUUCAAUCGGUAAACAACCGUGGCAUUUAAGGAGCGUUAAACAUGAACACCUUGGCUUUAGCGGCCUUUCUCCUGACGUCCACCUGUUUAGCUGUAGCCUCCCCUUAGUUCUUGGGCGAUUGGGACUGGAAUCUGUUCUCCCAUUUCCCUGAUUAUUACACAGCGCUUUUUCCGGAAUCCAAGCAGCCGGAAUCGACUGAUCUUAUGUCGGCGGAGAAUCUGUUAACCCAAGGCGUCGAUCACUCUGCCACGCUAGCUCUAGUGGGACUGGUAAUGUGUCUUAAGGAGACAAAAGCAAUAACAAAACGAUUAGAAGAGACCAUGGCGGCGUCUGUUGGAAAUUUGACGAAGGAGUUGCUCGAAACUUCACAGCGCUUGGCGGAAACCAACGACAUUGUUGCGAACUUGAAGAAGGAAUUGAAUGAAACGAGAGCCAAUUUGAUCAAGGAAUCGAAGGAAUCGACAGCUCCUUCGCAGAGUCUGGACACCAAUACUACUACCAUUGGGAGUUCAAGGAAUGACUUGGCCGACAUAUCUCGUCGUGUGGACGAAACAACCACCACCGUUAGCCAUUUGACGAAAAAGUUGUCAGAAACAUUGCAGCGCUUAGACGACACGACGGACGUUGUUGAGAAUUUCAAGACUGAACUGACUGAAACGAGAGUCAACUUGACGCGGGAAUUGACAGCAAAUUCGCGGCGACUGCAAGAUGCCACCACAAGUUCAAAGAAUGAACUAGCAAUCUUCUCACGCCGCUUGACUGAAACGAACGACACCGUUGGAAAUUUGUCGAAGAAAUGUACAGAAAUCUCGCAAAACACGUCGAAAAAUGCACAGCGCUUGGUGGACACAAAUGUCGUCGUAGGAAAAUUAAAAAAUGAAUUAGCCGGAACUUCGCAGCGCCUGGUGGAAACAAACGUCAUCGUCGUGACUUUGCAGAAGGAACUGUCCGACACUAUAAAGCAGGAAUCGGCCAAAGCUCUGAGCUGUUGCACCAAGUCAAAGGCGGAUUUGACCAAGGAACUGAAAGCGACCUCACAACGUUUGGAUCACACGGAAGACACGGUUAUGAAUUUGAAGGAGGAGAUGAACGAAACCGUCAAACGUUUAACCGAAACCAACAUGGCAGCAGGAAAUUUAAAAGACCCAAAUGAAAAACAAGCAGCGGCACUUCAACACUUUCUCGAAACGAACAUCAUCAUUGUCAGUUCGAAGAAGGAAUUGACUGAAAUGUCGCAACGUUUGACUGCAACAAAUGACGCCGUCGGAUAUCUGACAAAAGAGCUGCUCGUCACCAAGGCCAAAGUUGGAGCUUUGACUGCAGAGCUGAAAGUGAAUGGAGGACUAGCGUCCAGCAUAGGAAGAAUGCCGAAUUCAUGCAGAGAUUUACUGCAGAUAGGACACAGACAAAGCGGAUUGUAUUCCGUCAUGGGAGCCAAACAAGUGGAAACUCUUUACUGCGACUUUACCCAGACGCCAGGAGAUGAAGAUUUCCAGAGGUGGGUUGGCUUCAAUGACGUGAAAUCAAAACCCACUUACUUCCACGUCUCGAGAGCCUUGCCGUACAACGAAACGAUAACACCAAUUCCAUUCACACGAGCCAUACUCAACCAGGGAGGGGCCAUGAAUAAAGAAACGGGAAAAUUCACGGCUCCGGUGGCGGGUGUCUACUUUUUCUACUUCACCGGAACCGUAUUUUUGCCCACGGCGACAUCUUCAGCUUCUUCAACCAGACCGGAUUUUACAAUGUGCCUAUUCAAAAACUCAAAUUGCGUCGAGUGGCUGCUGGAGAGGCCAGACGAAAUCAGCACAGGGAAUCGACACGAAAGAAUCGCCUUGCAAUCGACCGUCAAUUUGAAACAGGGCGAUCAAAUCUGGCUGGCCAUUGGCAAGAAAAAGUCGCCAGGAGGUUACCUGGUCGGCGACGCUCUAACAAACUUCAAAGGUUUUCUAAUCCAAGAAGACAUUUCGCAGUCGCUACACGUCGUACCCUAAUUUCGAUUACCUAUCGCUUAUAUAAAGAAGAAAAAUACACUUUUACCUGUCGUUAUCAAA